AAGCAAUUCUGUCUGGUACUGCUUACUGUUCAUGCUGCUGUCACAUCCAGCAGAUGAAGUCCCCUACAUUUCUCUUCAAAACAUUUGGGACUUUUCACAAAAUCAUAGAAAAUUUACCUUCUUUCUCCUGGGAGCUAAAGAUAUUUUAGAGAACAGUUAGACUUUUAUUUCUGCUGUUGAACAUUUUCUAGCAAUAAGAGCCAUGCAAAUAGAACUCUCUAGCUGCUUCUUUCUGUGCCUUUUACAAUUCAGCUUUAGUGCCAUCCGAAGAUAUUACCUGGGUGCUGUGGAACUCUCCUGGGACUAUAUGAAAAGUGACCUGCUCAGUGAGCUGCAUGUUGACACAAGAUUUCCUCCUAGAACACAAAGAUCUUUUCCGUUCAACACCUCAGUCAUGUAUAAAAAGACUGUGUUUGUAGAGUUCACGGAUCACCUUUUCAACAUUGCCAAGCCCAGGCCACCCUGGAUGGGUCUGCUGGGUCCGACCAUCCAGGCUGAGGUUUAUGACACAGUGGUUAUUACACUUAACAACAUGGCUACUCAUCCUGUCAGUCUUCAUGCUGUUGGUGUAUCUUACUGGAAAGCUUCUGAGGGAGCUGAAUAUGAUGAUCAGACUAGCCAAAGGGAGAAAGAAGAUGAUAAAGUAUUUCCUGGCGAGAGGCAUACUUAUGUAUGGCAGGUCUUGAAAGAGAAUGGUCCAAUGGCCUCUGAUCCACCAUGUCUCACCUACUCAUAUCUUUCUCAUGUGGAUCUGGUAAAAGACCUGAAUUCAGGCCUCAUUGGAGCUCUGCUGGUAUGUAGAGAAGGGAGCUUGGCCAAAGAAAGAACACAGAUGUUGCACCAAUUUGUACUGCUUUUUGCUGUAUUUGAUGAAGGGAAGAGCUGGCACUCAGAAACAAAGGGCCCCUUGACACAGGCUAUGGAUUCUCCAUCUGCUGGGCCCUUGCCUAGAAUGCACACAGUCAAUGGCUACGUAAACAGGUCUCUUCCAGGUCUGAUUGGAUGCCACAGGAAAUCAGUCUUUUGGCAUGUUAUCGGAAUGGGCACCACCCCUGAAGUGCACUCAAUAUUCCUUGAAGGUCACACAUUUCUUGUGAGGAACCAUCGCCAGGCCUCCCUAGAGAUAUCUUCAGUAACUUUCCUUACUGCUCAGACAGUCUUGAUGGACCUUGGACAAUUUCUGUUAUUUUGUCAUAUCUCUUCCCACCAACAUGAUGGUAUGGAAGCUUACAUCAAAGUAGAUAGCUGCCCAGAGGAACCUGAACUACGGAUGAAAAAUACCAAAGAGGAAGAAGAAUAUGAUGAGUAUCUUGAUUCUGAAAUGGAUGUGUUCAGGUUUGAUGAUGCCAAUUCUUCUUCCUUGAUCCAAAUUCGCUCCGUUGCCAAGAAGCAUCCUAAAACUUGGAUACAUUAUAUUGCUGCUGAGGAGGAGGACUGGGACUAUGCCCCAUCAGUCCUCACCUCCAAUGACACAAGUUAUAAAAGUCAAUAUUUGAAUAAUGGUCCUCAGCGGAUUGGUAGGAAGUACAAAAAAGUCCGAUUUGUGGCAUACACAGAUAAAACGUUUAAGACUCGUGAAACUAUUCAGUAUGAAUCAGGAAUCUUGGGACCUUUACUUUAUGGGGAAGUUGGAGACACACUAUUGAUUAUAUUUAAGAAUCAAGCAAGCCGGCCAUAUAACAUCUACCCUCAUGGAAUCACUGAUGUCAGUCCUUUAUACUCAGGGAGAUUGCCAAAAGGUGUAAAACAUUUGAAGGAUUUGCCAAUACUGCCAGGAGAAAUAUUCAAGUAUAAAUGGACAAUAACUGUAGAAGAUGGGCCAACUAAAUCAGAUCCUCGAUGCCUGACCCGAUAUUACUCUAGUUUCAUUAAUCUGGAGAGAGAUCUAGCUUCUGGGCUCAUUGGCCCUCUCCUCAUCUGCUACAAAGAAUCUGUAGAUCAAAGAGGAAACCAGAUGAUGUCAGAUAAAAGAAAUGUCAUCCUGUUUUCUGUAUUUGAUGAGAACCAAAGCUGGUACCUCACCGAGAAUAUGCAGCGCUUUCUCCCCAAUGCAGUAGGAGUACAGCUCCAUGAUCCAGAAUUCCAAGCCUCCAAUGUCAUGCACAGUAUCAAUGGCUAUGUUUUUGAUAGCUUGCAGUUGUCAGUUUGUUUGCAUGAGGUGGCAUAUUGGUACAUUCUAAGUGUUGGAGCACAGACCAACUUCUUAUCUGUCUUCUUCUCUGGAUAUACCUUCAAACACAAAAUGGUUUAUGAAGACACACUUACUCUAUUCCCAUUCUCAGGAGAAACUGUCUUCAUGUCGAUGGAAAACCCAGGUCUGUGGGUUCUGGGAUGCCACAACUCAGACUUUCGAAACAGAGGCAUGACAGCCUUACUGAAGGUUUCUAGUUGUGACAGGAACAUUGGUGAUUAUUAUGAGAACACAUAUGAAGAUAUUCCAACAUAUCUGACUAAUGAAAACAAUGUUAUUCAGCCCAGAAGCUUCUCCCAAAAUUUAAGGCAUCUGAGCCCUAGGAAGCAAUUAAAAGCUAUCUUAAUACAAGAAAAUGACAUAAAGAAGAUUGACCCUCAGUUUGAAGAAGAGAGAACAGGGAUCAUCAAAGUACAAAGUGUCUCCAGUGAUUUUUUGAUGCUCUUGGGACAAAGUCCUACUCCACGUGGGUUAUCUUUAUCUGAUCUUCAAAAAGCCACAUAUGAGACUAUUCCUGAUGAUUAUUCACCUGGAGCAACAGACAGUAAUGAAGGUCCAUCUGAAGUGGUACACCUCAGGCCUGAGCUCCAAGAUGAUGAAGACAUAGUAUUUACUCCUGAUCCAGGUCUCCAAUCAGGAUCAAAUGAGAAUUUGGGAACAACUGUAGCAGUAGAUUUGAAGAAAUUUAAUUCAAAAGUUUUGGGUUCUCCAAAUAAUCUAUCAGAAAAUUUGGCAGCAGGUCCUGAAAAGACGAAUUCCUUAGGAACCCCAAAUAUGCCAGUUUACUUUAGUAGUCAGUUAAGCACCAUUUUAUUUGAUACAAAGUCAUCUCCCAUUACUGGGUCUGGUGUAUCUCUGAGCUUGAGUGAAAGAAAUGAUUCCAAGUUGUUGGAAGCAGAUUUAAUGAAUAGUAAAGAAAACUCACUGGGAAAAAAUGUAUCAUUAAUGAAGAGUAAAGGAUUACUUAAAAAGAAAAUAAUUCAUACACCUUCUUUGUUGACCAAAGAUAAUGCUUUAUUUAAAUUUAAUAUGUCUUUGAUAGAAGCAAACAAGACAUCUAAUAAUUCAACAUCGAAUGGAAGAACUUAUCCUGACAGCCCAACGUUCUUAAUUGAGAAUAGUACAUCUGUCUGGCAAGACACUAUAUUAGAAAGCAAUACUGGGCUUCAAGAAGUGACAUCUUUGAUCCAAGACAAAAUGCUAAUAAUGCACAAAAAUACUCCAGCUUUGAGGCUAAAUUAUGUGUCAAAUAAAACUACUCCAUUAAAGAAUAUGGAAAUAGGUUACCAAAAAAGGGUGGGGCCUGUGCUACAAGAUUCAGAGUCAGCAAAUUGGCAGCAAAAGACCCAUGCAAAGAACUUCUUGAAUUCUGGACUGAAGCAAUUAAUAUCCUUAGCAUCAAAAAAGUCUGUAAAAGAUCAGAAUUUCUUGUCAGAGAAAAAUAAAGUAGUAAUAGCAGAAGAUGAAUUUACAAAGGACACAGAACUCAAAGAGUUGAUUUUUCCGAGAAACAGGACCAUAUUUCUUACUAACUUGACUAAUGUACAAGAAAACGAUACACACAAUCAAGAAAAAAAAUUUCAGGAAGAUAUAGAAAAGAACGAAGCAUUAAUUCAAGAGAAUGUAGUUUUGCCUCAGGGGUAUACACUGACUGGCAAUAAGAAUUUCCUAAAGAACCUUUUCUUACUGAGUACUAGGCAGAAUAUAAGUUUAGAUGAGGGGACAUAUACACCAUUACUUCAGGACACCAGGUCAGUAAAUGAUUCAACAAAUAGAACAGAGAUUCACGUGGCCCAUUUAUCAAAAAGUAAGGAGGAAGAGGAAACAAACUUGGUGAAUCAAACCAAGCAAAUAAUGGAGAAAUACAUAAGCACCACAAGGAUGUCUCUUAAUCCAUGCCAGAAGAAUGUUAUUGUUCAACAUGGUAAGCAGACGUCAAAGGAAUUCAAACUCCCACUAGAAGAAACGGAGCUUGAAAGGGGGCUAAUUGCAAAUGACAGCUCAGCCCAGUCAUCCAAAAACAUGAAAUAUUUGACGCACAUAGACUAUAAUAAAAAGCAGGAGAAAACCAUUAUUCAAUCUUCCUUAUCAGAUUUUCCUGUGAUGAAUCAUGACAUCACUCAGAUGAAUAGCUCUACAUUGCCCAUUACAAAUAUAUCACCAUUUCCAUCAAUUAUACCUACAGAUUUGACCAAGAUCCCAUCCCAAGACAAUUCUUCUCAUUUUCUAGCCUACAGUUAUACUUUUAGGACAAAAAGUUCUAGGACCCAAGAAAGCAGUCAUUUCUUACAAGGAGCAAAAAGAAAUAACCUUUCUUUAUCCAUCCUAUCUUUGGAGAUGAUCAAAGAUCAAAGAAAGGUUGGCUCCAUGAGGACAAGUGCCACAAACUCAGUCACGUGUAAGUAUAAUGAGAGUAAUGUUCUCUUGAAACCAGUCUUGCCCAAAGUAUCUGGAAAAGUUGAAUUGCUUCUUAAACUUCCCAUUUAUCAGAAAGACCUUUUAACUAGAGAAACUAGUCGUGAUUCUCCUGGCCACCUUGAAGUCAUGGAAAAUAUCCUUCUUCAGAAAACACCAAGACCUAUCAAAGGGAAUAAAACAAAUAGACCUGGAGAAGUUCCCUUUGUUAAAGUGGCAAUGGAAAGCUCUGAAAAGACUCCAUCCAAGCUGCUGGGUCCUACUCUUCAGUUAGAGCAAGAAGACGUUGACUAUGAUGAUACCAUCUCAUUUGUAACAAAGAGGGAAGAUUUUGACAUUUAUGGUGAGGAUGAAAACCAGGGCCCCCGCAGCUUUCAAAAGAAAACACGACAUUAUUUUAUUGCUGCAGUGGAGCGGCUCUGGGACUAUGGGAUGAGUAGAUCUCCUCAUGUUCUAAGAAACAGGGAUCAGAGUGGCAGUGCUUCUCAGUUCAAGAAGGUAGUUUUCCAGGAAUUUACUGAUGGCUCCUUUACUCAACCCUUAUACCGUGGAGAACUAAAUGAACACUUGGGACUCUUGGGGCCAUAUAUAAGAGCAGAAGUUGAAGACAAUAUUGUGGUAACUUUCAAAAACCAGGCCUCUCGUCCCUACUCCUUCUAUUCUAGCCUAAUUUCUUAUAAGGAAGAUCAAGGACAAGGAACAGAACCUAGAAAAAACUUUGUGAAGCCGAAUGAAACAAAAACUUACUUUUGGAAAGUACAAUAUCAUAUGGCACCCACUAAAGAUGAGUUUGACUGCAAAGCUUGGGCUUAUUUCUCUGAUGUUGAUCUGGAAAGAGAUGUGCACUCAGGCUUGAUUGGACCCCUUCUGAUUUGUCACACUAACACUCUGAACCCUGCUCAUGGAAGACAAGUGACAGUGCAGGAAUUUGCUCUGUUUUUCACUAUCUUUGAUGAGACCAAGAGCUGGUAUUUCCGUGAAAACAUGGAAAGGAACUGCAGGGCACCCUGCAAUAUCCAAAUGGAAGACCCAACUUUUAAAGAGAAUUAUCGUUUCCAUGCAAUCAAUGGCUAUGUGAUGGAUACACUACCUGGUUUAGUAAUGGCUCAAGAUCAAAGGAUUCGAUGGUAUCUGCUCAGCAUGGGCAGCAAUGAAAACAUCCAUUCUAUUCAUUUCAGUGGACAUGUGUUCACUCUACGGAAAAAAGAGGAGUAUAAAAUGGCAGUGUACAACCUCUAUCCAGGUGUUUUUGGGACAGUAGAAAUGCUACCAUCCAAACCUGGAAUUUGGCGGAUACAAUGCCUUAUUGGAGAGCACCUACAUGCAGGGAUGAGCACUCUUUUUCUGGUGUACAGCAAGCAGUGUCAGAUUCCCUUGGGAAUGGCUUCUGGACACAUUAGAGAUUUUCAGAUCACAGCUUCAGGACAAUAUGGACAGUGGGCCCCAAAGCUGGCCAGACUUCAUUAUUCUGGAUCAAUCAAUGCCUGGAGUACCAAGGAGCCCUUUUCAUGGAUCAAGGUAGAUCUGUUGGCACCAAUGAUUAUUCAUGGCAUCAAGACCCAGGGUGCCCGUCAGAAGUUCUCCAGCCUCUAUAUCUCUCAAUUUAUUAUCAUGUAUAGUCUUGAUGGGAAGAAAUGGAUGACUUAUCGAGGGAAUUCUACUGGCACCUUAAUGGUUUUCUUUGGCAAUGUGGAUUCAUCUGGGAUAAAACACAAUAUUUUUAAUCCUCCAAUUAUUGCUCGGUACAUUCGUUUGCACCCAACUCAUUAUAGCAUCCGCAGCACUCUUCGUAUGGAGUUGAUAGGCUGUGAUUUAAACAGUUGCAGCAUACCAUUGGGAAUGGAGAAUAAACUAAUAUCAGAUGCACAGAUUACUGCCUCAUCCUACUUUACCAAUAUGUUUGCCACUUGGUCUCCUUCACAAGCCCGGCUUCACCUUCAGGGAAGGACUAAUGCUUGGAGACCUCAGGUAAAUAAUCCAAAAGAGUGGCUGCAAGUGGACUUCCAGAAGACAAUGAAAGUCACAGGAAUAAUCACACAAGGAGUGAAAUCUCUUCUUACCAGCAUGUUUGUGAAGGAGUUCCUUAUCUCCAGCAGUCAAGAUGGCCAUCACUGGACUCUCUUUUUACAGAAUGGCAAAGUAAAGAUUUUUCAGGGAAAUCAAGACUCCUUCACACCUGUGGUGAACUCUCUAGACCCACCAUUACUGACUCGCUACCUUAGAAUUCACCCCCAGAGUUGGACACACCAGAUUGCCCUGAGGUUGGAGGUUCUGGGAUGUGAGGCCCAGCAGGUCUACUGAGGGGCUCAUGACAGUCCCUGUUGGUCCCCUCUCUUCCCUUGUUAGCUCCAAGACAAUUUAUAACUUAAGGCCAAUAUCCCUCUCAGGCUUCUGGGUUACAUACUACCCUACACUGUCUAUGGUUUCAUUAUUUUUCUAUGAAUUUAAACUAUACAGUCCUACUAGAUAUGCCCUGAAGCCAUUUGUAUGAAGACAUGUAAGUGGCAAAUAACUCAGAAAACCCAAGAAAGCUGAAUCCAAGACUAAGAAACAACUAGAUUUACACUAUAGAAUCCUCAAAAAGGUUGUGGGGAAAGCAGUCUGUGACUUUGAGUAAUUCUUGAAAUCAAGGUAAAUGUUAAUGUUAAACCUAAAAAAAAACUAUUUGAGAAACUGUCUGGAUUGUUUGAGAAGUAGUUUAAUCCUACUCAGCACUACCAGAAGCCUGGAGUUUGAUCUUUUGGGGAAGGAUCAAUGAACUGGAAGAUACUAGACAUGACUCAGAGGUCCCAGAAGAUUACAGAGCCUGCUCUCACCCCUGGAAGAUCAUGGCCAAGUACCAAGUUGGGACAGGUUACGAAGUCUGAAUCCCUUAUCUGAAGGAAGGUCAAGUCUGAGGUACAAAUUAUGCACCAGUGAACUCCAUGAAAUCAAGCUAAAGCUGCAUAUCAUCUGAAAUCAGAAUUUUUUGUAGUUCUUUCCUUUGUCCUUCCUGCAUUCUCUUACAGUUUUCUUCUGAGCACAUGCCUUCAAUAAAUACAUGCACUGGAA